AUGGCCGACAAUGUCCUCGUUUCCACGUUGCAACUGUGUCAACAAGCUUUGACCACGUUGGGGCAAUCUGUUAAUAAAACAGACGUCAACCAGUUCAACCUCAGCACAGCUAUGGUCAGUCCCGGAGCUGGAACUCCUGCGUCUCAGUUGUCAGAAGUGGAUCUUGUUUCGCCUGAUAUACGGGCAGACAUCAUAGCAGAUGGACAGAUUUCGUCAACUGGCUCCAGAUGCAGACAAUCUCAGUACCCCGUGUCCACCUUUGAAGGAAGUGAUCUGGACAGUGUCGUGAGCAAUCUCUGGGAUCAUUCCAUUUCCAGUAAAACCAGAGCGCAAUACCGUACAGGACUAGAUUCCUAUAUUAAAUUCAUGUUACUUAGAGGAAUUCAAAAACAUUCUAAUGAUUGUUUACCCCCCAUUUCUGAACAGAUGUUGAUGUAUUAUGUUGCACAUUGUGAUGAAAACCUUCAUUUGUCAUAUUCUACAAUCAAGCUAUAUCUUAGUGGUAUAAGAUUUUUUUACUUAAAAAUGAAAGGAUUCAAUCCUUUAGAAAACAUGUCAGGUCAACCUUCACCAUGUUUGCAAACAAUUUUAAAUGGUGUCAAGAAAAAACAAGCUAGUUAACAUGUUAAGCGUACAAG